ACAGCAGACAGCAGGGACCAGACGGAACACAGCCGAUCCACAAAACAACGUGGUUUUUUAUUUUUAUUUUAUUGGUGAAAUAUUGUUUUGUUUUUUUUUUAGCUGACAAACAACUCUGAUCUACGUUAUCUCCGAGAAUAAAGUUUCCUCCAUGUGGAUAUUUAACUCUGGAUCUGAUUGGUUUAACAUUUAACAGGAAUUUUAAAGGAUUCUGAGGAAGGACUCGAUCUGUGGCAUUCGAAUCCUUGGAGAUCCGCACCUUUCCGUCCGUCCAGACUCCGGUCUCCCCUCCGUGCUUCUAGCAUGAUGUCUUAUCUCAAACAGGCCCCGUACGGGAUGAACGGACUGGGCCUGAGCGGAGCCGCCAUGGACCUGCUGCACCCGUCUGUGGGCUACCCCGCCAACCCGCGGAAGCAGCGCAGGGAGCGGACCACCUUCACCCGGACGCAGCUGGACAUUCUGGAGUCGCUGUUCGCCAAGACGCGCUACCCGGACAUCUUCAUGAGGGAGGAGGUGGCGCUGAAAAUCAACCUGCCCGAGUCCAGAGUGCAGGUGUGGUUUAAGAACCGGCGAGCGAAGUGCAGGCAGCAGCAGCAGAGCAGCAGCAGCGCUAAGGUCAAACCCAUGAAGAAGAAGUCGUCUCCGACCAGAGAGAGCACCGGUUCAGAGAGCAGUGGCCAGUUCACCCCUCCGGCCGUGUCCAGUUCCUCCUCCUCAGCCUCCUCCUCAGCCUCCUCCUCUUCAUCCUCCUCCUCCUCUUCUUCCUCUGUCUCCUCCAGCCUCGGUGGUCCUGGUCUCAUCAGCACCUCUACCUCUGUCACGGCCCCGGUGUCAUCCAUCUGGAGCCCGGCGCCCGUCUCUCCGGCCCUGGCUCCGGCCACGCUACCCGACCCCGUCGCCCCCACCAGCGCCUCCUGCAUGCAACGCUCCGUGUCGUCCUCUGCCACCGGUGGGACGCCCUCCUACCCGGUGUCCUACAGCCAAACAGCAGCAGCGUACAGUCAGGGCUACCCCACCUCAGCAUCGGGCUCAUACUUCGGCGGUGUGGAGUGUGGCUCAUACCUGCCCAUGCACUCCCAUCACCACCCGCACCAGCUCAGCCCCAUGACAGGCAGCUCCAUGUCGGGACACCCGCACCACCACAUUGGCCAGACAUCAGGGCACCACCACCAUCACCACCACCCGUCGCACCACCAUCAGGCUUACAGCGCGCCAGGCCUCGCCUUCAACUCCACGGACUGUCUGGAUUACAAAGAGCAGACGGCGGCGUCGGCCUGGAAACUCAACUUCAACACCUCCGACUGUUUGGACUACAAAGACCAGGCAUCAUGGCGUUUCCAAGUGCUGUGACUUCCUGUGUUGUUUUUUCCUCUCAGCUUUCAAAGAAGUAUUCUUUUUGUUGUUGGUGGUUUAUUUUUGAAGAUUAAACUAAUAGUAGAGACAUUUUUAAAAAGUUUAUUUGUGAACAAACUCAUGCACAGAUCAUUCGCUCCUUUCCAGCAGAUCGGCUCAUCCUGGAUUAUUUUCUACUUCAGAACUCGAUAGACACUGACCCAUUCACAUUUUUUUUGAAGGCCUUUAAUAGAAUCUGAAUUUCUGCAGAUUCUCCGAGGCUUGGUGACUAAUCUGUGAAUUUCGACUUCGGGGAUUAUUCAGCAAAACAAAACAAAAAAAACAAAAAACAAAGAUAAAAUUUGCCUGAAAUAAUACGAAAAAAUGACACUUUGAGAAGGCUUUUCUAAGAACUUUUUCAGAAACAUGAUGCUGCUAUGAUUUUCAGGUUGCUAACGUUCAUUUCUAUCUGAUUUCCAACUUGAAACUUGUUCAGAACUUCAUCGUCCAGACCGUGGGUGUUGUAUUUUGGAGAUUAAAUUGCAGCACUUGUUUAUAAGGUGAAAGAUUUUGUUAUUUGUUCUUUGCAGAGGAGAGAAAAUAAAAAUGUGAAUUAGACACGUAAUGUCAGUAUUCCAUUGAAAUUUGAAAGAUGUACAUUCGUGUCUUUAUAAUAAAGUCUUGUUAAAACAUGA